AAGUUGUGUAUAAAGCGGGUUUCCAUUGGUGAACCUCUCCCAAACGAGGAUUUUACACGCUCGUGACUGAGAGGAAAUGGGUGCGAAGAUGUGCUUUUGGUUGUUGCUGCUUCUGCCACUAUCAGCCGUCACAGGACCACUGGGUAAGACGCAGAUAGAGACGGAACAUAAUUCACAGGACUUCACCAGAGUCCAGUCACAGUCAGGACUAAACAGCAGUGAAAGGGAAAAUCGCGUACACUCUGGAGGACCAGCUGCUUCUCCAUUGCAGUGUCUUUUGGAGGACAUGCCAUGUGUCGAGGAAAGUGUCCAUCCUGAUACACUACACGAGAUCCUCCUUGCUUUGCAAAACAUCUGGAGUAAAGACGCUGAGCUGAUGAAGAGGGAAUUAAACCGGUUUGGAUUUUGCUCGCAUGACGAUGUCGUGCGAUAUUCCCAGUUUUCAUCACAGAUGAUGCACAGAUAUGUGCAUAGCAAGAAAGAACAUUUAGAUGUUGAAGAAGACGGGACUUUCACGAUGACCCUACACUUCACAAAGCCUGGGACAUGUCCUGAACAAAACACAACGGCUCCCAUCAUGCUCCUGUUUUUCAUUGAUUUCCGCAACACAGACGAGUUGAAGAUCAAAUUCAGCAGUCACAUCCUUCAGCCUAACAACCAGACAGCAUGUGUCUCUCAGACAACACAGUUCCUGGUCCUUACAGGAGUUCAGAGUGACAGCAUCAGUCAUGAGGAAAUAAAACUGAGGAUGGACGUUCAGCAGGGCGGGAAGAAAUUAGGUUUGUCUGAAUUUCAGGCCAUCACAUCCUGGAGGAAGAGCACCUCCAAGAGUCCAGCAAUUCUUCUGUUUCCCAAGAAAUCUGUCAGUGAAAAUGUACCUCAGUCAAACGGAACAUUUCUCUUCUUGUGUGAGCUACAGAAGUUCUUAAAUGAAGUCUCACCUCAAGGAAAUCCUCUACUGCAGGACGAGGUCAGCCCCAAUGUUCUUCACUCUCUGCCUCCUUUAACUCUUGGAGUGUCUUCAAGCGAGUCCCUUCUUCAUGAGCUGGUCAAUUCUUCAGGACCGACCGUGUUCUUCUUCCCCCAAAGCGUGAGACUGAGGACCCACCGAGUGGAGCUGGCCCUGAAGCCCUCAUUGCUCUUGGUGCUAAAGUUAAAACUCGACGAGGCUUUAGCCCAGGUUCGGAUGGAGGAAUUCGGGCGUGGUGCAAUGGACACACUGCAGGUUCUCAGUGUUCUCAGCGCGCUUCCUAAUGAUGGAGAAGAUCUGGAAACAGGUUUGGAGGACCAACAUGAGGUCCAGUACAGAGCGCUCUUACUGCUGAAAGCUUUACAGGCUGUGCUGGGUGCUUGGGCAGUGGAAAGAACGCAGAGGGCGGCACGAGACGACCAAGACAGACCAACAAGGGUCACCCAGUGUCACCUUGAGAGUUUCACCGUGUCUCUGGAGAAAUACCUGCUGGAACCUUCAACAGCCAACAUUAACAACUGCGAAGGAGCGUGCGGCUUCCCUCUGAGCAAUGGCAACAACCAUGCCAUCCUGCUGAACAGCCACCUCCAGAGUGGACAGCCUCUGAACCGCGGGCUCUGCUGCGUGCCCAUAGCGUAUGACGACAUGUGUGUGAUUGAGCUCAACAGCGACUCCACCACCAUUUCUUACAAGACCGACAUGGUAGCCAAGGAGUGUGGAUGUCGCUGAUAAUAUCAGCACACACACAUGCACGUAGGUCACAUUAGAGAUGAUAAAGCAUUCUCACACGUUAUCUUCCAUUUCAUUUAUUUUUCACACAUUUUUCACAAAGAGCAGAAUUGUAAGAUCCUGUUAUAUUGACAAACAUUUCUGUUCUUCAGGAGAAAGUGUCUACCACUAAAGUGCUCAGAACCUCAUGUACAGAUUUGUUUCUGGCACACGACAAAGUUUUUUGCUUUCUUAGGUGAACAAUGAUCAUAUGAAAGUCAACAAACCAAAAUAACGCAAUGCAUUAACUAUCCAAUUAUAAAAAAUGUCAGGUUUUUCCUCUCAUAAAUGUUCAAAUGUAUUCACAUCAUUAGAGCUUGUGCAUGCAAUUUUUGAGUAAAAUAUAUCUUAUAGAUAGCAACAACUUUUCGACAUGCCUUGUUUGUUAUGUAUUUAUAGGUUGUGUAUAUUUCAAGAGAUCAGCAAUAAACAAAUAUAUCACCACA